CGCAUGACAAUAUAUCUUUUUCGUGGCAAAGAUUUUUGGGUGCGUGCUUCUCGUUUCUAGUGCGGCAUUAAAUAUAAGAAUAAGUUCUAAUAAAAUAAAGAAAUUAAAUAAACUUAAAACAUGUUCAGUGGUGAAGAUUAUGGAAAUGCUGAUUACUACGAUGAUUAUGCUCAUACAGGGGACCCGCAAUUGGAUUUGGAAUAUGAGCGUAGUUACUACGCCAGCCGAAUGCCUGACAACGUGAAGUACUUUUUGCAAAACUUUUGUCAAGCCAUUAAAGAAGGCGUACUGUUCGACAUACAAAAUAUGUAUGAGAACACCUUUCCGCAAAUCAGUGAUCAUCAUUUUGACAAGAGUGCUUGGCCUGACGAGCAAGAAGUAGCAUCGAUUGUCGAUAAUGACAAAGUUUUCCUGAUUUUGUAUAAAGAAUUGUACUAUCGCCAUAUACAUGCACGUAUUCCUGGUGGACCGAAAUUGGAACAACGCAUCAAUUCGUUUUUUAACUAUUGUGAUUUCUUUAAUCUAAUUAUUUCAUCGCAAAAUCCAGUCUCAUUAGAAUUGCCCGACAUCUGGUUAUGGGAACUGGUUGAUGAGUUUGUUUAUCAAUUCCAAAAUUUUGCUCAGUACAGAGCCCGGCUUACCGACAAAACUCAAGAAGAAAUUCAACAGCUUUGCAUUAAUCAUAGCAAUGUCUGGAGUAUACUAUGUAUUUUGAAUGUCCUUCACUCUCUUGUGGACAUUUCCAACAUCAAGAAGCAACUGGAAGCAAUAUCCCAGAGUAAUGAUCCUCAAGCCGUUGCCGGUGAAUUUGGAGAGCUUUCCUUUUACAAAAUGCUGGGUUAUUUCUCAUUGGUUGGCCUACUACGUGUACACUCUCUAUUGGGAGAUUAUUAUCAAGCCAUUAAAGUGUUGGAACCAAUUGAAAUUCACAAAAAGUCGCAGUAUUCGCAUAUACCCGCCUGCCAAAUUUCAACAUCGUACUACGUAGGAUUCGCCUAUAUGAUGAUGCGUCGUUAUGCUGAUGCUAUACGCACCUUUUCUGAAAUCCUGCUUUACAUUCAACGCACUAAGCAGUUAUACAGCACCCGCUCUUACCAAAACGAUCAAAUCAACAAGCAAGCUGAACAGAUGUAUCACUUGCUGGCAAUCUGCCUAGUAUUGCACCCGCAGUGCAUUGAUGAAUCUAUUCAACAGGUUUUGCGUGAGAAAAACUAUCAUGAUGCUAUGUUCAAAAUGCAGUGUGGCGAUUUGGAAGUAUUCAAAUCAUUCUUUAUUUUCGCAUGCCCACGAUUUGUUAGUCCAUGUCCACCCGCCGCCGAUGCUCCAACGGAGGACUACGUAAAAGACCCAAUGGAACACCAACUGAUGGUGUUCAUGGAUGAAGUACGUCAGCAAAAGGACUUGCCUACAACUCGUUCAUAUCUCAAGUUGUACACAACAUUACCAUUGAUCAAAUUAGCUUCAUUUAUCGAUGCAAACGCAAGUGAAGACGACGUUUCAAAACUAUUAAUACGGCUGCUUUGUUUUAAGCAUAAGAUGCGUAACUUGGUUUGGACUAAAGGAUCGAGUGGAAUAGAGGGCACUUUCAAAUCUGGUUCAGAAUUGGACUUCUAUAUUGAUGAUGACAUGAUUCAUAUUGCCGAUACAAAAGUUUCUCACCGUUAUGGCGAUUUCUUUGUGCGGAAAAUAAUGAAAUUCAAUGAUCUUAACCGCAAAUUAAAGAAUAUCCACAUUUGAGCAGAGCAUGAACAACACAUUUUUAGUAAUUCUAUUAUCGGCUUAUUUACACAAAAUCCGCAUAAAUAAACAUAAUUUUGUAAUUCCAAAUGUUUUAACUGGAACUUCGAAAGUACAAUAAAUAGGCACGAAGCCCUUAGAAGAGCCGA